AUGGCUGCUCCGUGUGGUGGGCGAGGUGUCGUGGCGGGGCUCCUGUGCGUGAUGGCUUCAUUAUGGCGAGCCAACGCCGCUUCGUACAAAGUGCAGCCCCAGUCGGCGGCUGUCCUGCGGGGCCAGGCCGUCACGCUGCCCUGCACGUUCAGCGGGCUGACCGGGGAGGACGUGGUGGUGUGGGAGGGUCCUCCCGACUUCCGCAUCAUCUCCAUGGGCACCAAGGUGACGGCUGGAUACGGGAGACACUUCGUGAUCGGGGACACGUCAGCGGGGGAGUACAACCUGCAGAUCCGGGAGGUGACGCUGGGAGAUGCGGGGGGUUAUCGGUGCAGCACACCCUCCGUGCCGGCGGCACCCAACGCCGCGCUAACAGUCAUCGUUCCGUUAGCGAAGCCCCCGGAGAUCGUUGGCGGGAAGCGGCCCACUCCGGUCGGGCAGCGACUUCUUCUCACCUGCUCCUCCCAGGGAGGGUACCCCCCUCCCACCCUGUCCUGGCUCAACGGGACCAAACUGUUAAAGCGAGGGAAAACUCCGCGGAAACAGGACAUGGACCGAACCUCGCUGGAUUUCGUUCUCACUAAAGUGAAGAAGUGGGACAACGGGAACAACCUGACCUGCGUGGCUGACCAAGGUCUCCAGGGUGUCGUCAGGCCUCUGACAGCAUCCAAAAUAGUAUCCGUCAGCUAUCCACCGACAGUGACCGUGCCAGAAUCCUCCAAACGUGCUAAGGAAGGUGACCAGGUGAACCUGACGUGUGUGGUGGACAGUAACCCGCCUGCUGUCGUCACCUGGAGGAAACUGGGCGGGACCCUGAACCAGGGCGUCAAUGACAGAGGGCAGACGUUGUCUCUACCAAAGGUCAGCAGGCAUGACAGCGGGAUUUACCAGUGCACGGCAGACAACGAGAUCCCCCCGCCUGGUUUGGGAACUGUCAGCUUAGAUGUAUUAUAUCAAUCCUGGAUAGACCCCUCCCUCAAUAGCAAGGUCAGUGUCAUGUACGGACAAGAUGGCUUCCUGCUCGAGUGCUCGGCAAGCGGCAACCCGACACCCCGGGUAAGAUGGCGGCGGAAGGAUACAAGUCUGUACUGGGACAACCCACUCCGGUUCCACCGGGUGCGCUAUGACGUGGAGGGGACGUAUCAAUGCGUGGCCACCAACGAAGGCUUUCCUGCGACUACAAGGGAUACAUAUGUCGAUGUUGUUGGUAGGCCGUACAUACUUCAACGUUCAACAACGUUCACAGUCCGGAGAGGCGACACAGCCAGACUGUCGUGUGAGAUCGUGUCUGAUCCGGUACCCAAGACCAUCCAGUGGGCCUGGAGAGAUGUACAGGGGAUAGAAUCAACUCUGUCUAGCGGGGAGAACGGGGUUGACAUUACGGAGGAGCUUAUACUCGGUGGCAAACUCAGCACCUUGUCUAUCAAUGGGAUUACCGAAGGGUGGAAGGGAACCUACAUGUGCAAGGGAACGAAUAUGUUCGGUACUGACCAACGGGAGUUCAGGCUGGAGGUCACGGGGUCACCACACACGCUGGUCAUCGUGGUCGGAAUAUCGGUCAUGGUCGCUGUCAUGGCGGCGGUGGCGGCCAUCUUUGUUUUCUUUUUUCGCAAGAAAUGGUUGGGUGACGACAGGAAAUCAGACACCACAUCAGUGACAGUGUCUCGUCCGAUGCCACCUCCUCCAGGCUACAAUAAAAACAAGCUGGAUCAGCUGGGUUCCCUGGAUAUUAAGGACAUAGACGGGCUGAUAGAGAUCCAUGAGAUGAACGGCACGCUGAAGCCACGCCCUCCCCCCAGAGUAGACAAAGAGUGGACGGCUAUUGGGCUGUCGUAUCCAGCCGGACGCGCCUCAGCCGCCACCGAAAGCGAGAUGGACGCCUACCAGAUCGGGAGGAGACCGGAGAUGUUCCGCCUCCUGUGACCCUGACAGGGCCGGACGGUACAGAGCAUCGCGGGGUGAUCAGACAACAGCCGCAUGAGGGAAAACUCUGGGCCGGCAUUUCUGGUCAUCAAGGCUGAUGAGAAUCUGGUCAUUUUGCCGACAUGUUGGAGGCUCCCAAUCACCAUCCAUGUACAUAAACAUAAACUGUGGAAUUGCCAGGCUCAGGUGGUAGUGAUACAAGAGUGCAAGCAGCCUAAUGUUCGUGAUGGAGCUUCUGCCAUUUGAAGAGUUCCUCCUCAUCAACGCAAUGCUGCAACAGGCUUAACGUGUGGACUUUUAUUACACUUUACAAACGCUGAACGAAGAAACGCAUACAGUUGAAGACAUGCCAGUGAGCUGAAGUUUCUUAUGUCCAGCGACAUCAUUUUCAGUGGAACAGUUGGCGAAAUGAAUCUUCUAGCGUUUAACGACGAGGGAAGUUUGGUGAAUCUUCUGGAUAUGCUGCCACGUUUUAAGGUUACGAUACACGACAAGCUUCAAUUACUAUCAAACAUGGAAAAACAACGCGCAGUGAAUGAGGCAUACCUAAGCUACACUGUGGAAAAACACGCUGGCAAAAACACAACAACGCUGAGGUGGACUAAUGUCUGGCCCUUCUUUUGUCCAAAGGCUCAUCCGGAAUAUGUUUUAUGUAAAUUCAAGAAAGACAUCAGAUGAAUACCGGAUCACAAUUUCAUUAUCUUUUCAGUUCGUUAAAAAUGCCUCCCCGCUGUCUAUAUCCCGACAGGGGUGGGAAAACUUUAGGAGUUAGUUACUGGUUACCUAGCUGCUAGUAUGAUCUAUCACAGUUAUGUGUAAGACAUGAGGUAUUUCGACAUGUAUUGAUGCAAACAGGAUGUCCUUGUACAAGCGACAAAAGAACGUACAUUGUUUAGUACCUUGCUAUUUCUUCAGUGACUCGAAGCAAUCCAUUCUAGAUGAUCUGCUCAUCUUUGCCUUGAUUUAACAUACUAGAGAAUAAAUUGACAUCGUAUCGUCGUCGUUUGCGACACUGGUCUGUAAAAAAUUUCCUGUGAAU